AUGUCCUACCGCGGCCCGCAGAAGAACCCACUGAUUGUCCUCGCCGACGGUUCAUGGAGCGGCCGAGAUGUCGGGUCAGAAUCCAAUCUCUACCUCCUCGCGAACCUGAUAUGGGGAGGGCGUGGGCUGCCAAAAGAUGAUGACCGGGCACAUCUUCACUCCUCGGGAAAGAUCCACUACACCAACAGCGUUCCGCCUGGUAGCACGUUCAUGGAUCAUGUAUUCCACGGUUUGAACGUUCAAGAUAUCGAGCAGCAAUGUGUCGACACAUAUGAAUACCUCGUUCGGGGCUUCACCCCUCUUGAGACCGAGAUCUGGAUGUUCGGCGCAUCCCGCGGUGCAUACAUCGUCCGCUCCGUGGCGGGCAUGAUCAACAACUGCGGCAUCGUGAAGCCGCUAUACCAAGCGAAUGGCGAUGUCGACGAGGAAAAGACACAUCAGCUCUGCCAGGAAGUCUACCGCAUCUAUCGCGAUCCGUCCGACGCGACUGCGCCAAAGUCCGAGCAGUCGAUACAGUUCAGGUGGAAGUACAGCUGGCCCCUCAUUGGAGACGGUGGGGUCAUCGACGCACCGAUUCGGUUCAUGGGCAUCUUCGACACAGUUGGCGAGCGUGGCAUCCCCGAGUUCGCCGAGGGCGUGAGCGCCGACUGGCCCAAGUUUUACGACCAGCACGUCUCGAGUGUCGUUUCCGACGUCUAUCACGCAGUGUCCCUCCAUGACCGACUCUACGCCUUCCAGCCGUGCCUGAUCUCCCGAGACACGGAAUACGGUCCGUCAUACGGCAUCACCGAGCGCUGGUUCCCCGGCACGCACUACGACGUCACUCGCCAGCAGUUCAAGCUUGUCAGGGAUGUCCUGCCUCAGCGGCUGCAAGCUCUUCUCCCUGCCUGGGCGUGGACAAGUCAAACGAUCAAGCCGAACGAAGUACUCGCAGAUCUCGUGCUGAAGUGGAUGUUGGAGUGUGUCGGCGAGCACGACCCGUCAGGCUUCGUUAUCCCCAAGCAGCACCUGUACGGGGAGCUAGAUAGACUCAAGCAUGACAUCUUCACGACCAAGAAGACUGGCGACGGCGACGUCUACGAGCGGAUCGUCCAAUUUGCCCCCUUCGGACGUUACGUCGACCUAGCCUUGUCCACGGUCUUUGGCAAGUGGCAGCAAAGUCAGGUGUACCAGUUGCUCUUUGCAUGCAGGCCGAGGCAGAUCCCCGAGACGAACUCUUCAGUGUACAACUACCGUUCUCCUGACCCUGAUCUGGAUGGCAGGAUCAUUCAGAAACUGGCGAAGCUGCCUGGUAGCACACUGAAUCCUGCCAACGAAGGCAAGGUGGAUCCCCGGUAUCCUUCCUCGACUUAUGAUGGAUGGGUGCUGAGACGAUCGUAA